CAUCUUGCCAAUCGACUCCCACUCUCGCAUUUAUAUCGAUAUAAGCGCAUCUAUAUAAGGAAGCAUAUAAGCUUAAGAGUUUCAAUGACAGUGUAUUCUUCGUUCGAAAUUGAAGGGAUUUAACGUAAGAAUGAAUAACAUUAAAGGUAAAACUGUCCUAAUUACUGGCGCAGCCGUUGGCCUUGGAUAUAAAUACGCCGAAGAUUUGCUAAGGAAUGGCGCCAAGAGUGUUGCCAUUUUGGAUCUGGCCAGUUCAAAAGGCGACCAGUCUGCGGUAACAUUGGAAAAAGAAUUUGGCAAAAAUCGAGCCAUCUUUGUACCUUGCGACGUGUCGAAUGCCUCGCAAUUUGAAGAGGCUGUAAAGAAGGUUAUCUCUACCUUCAAUGUCAUUGAUAUAUUUAUCAACAAUGCUGGAAUUUUGGAUGAAUCUAAAUGGAUAAAAACAAUUGACAUUAACGUCACGGGUCUCUUUCGUGGAUGCUUUUUAGCCUUGGAUCAUAUGAGCAAGAACAAAGGUGGCAAAGGUGGAACCAUCGUAAACAUUGCUUCUAUCGUUGGAAUUUCUAACAAAUUUAUAAAAGCCCCAGUUUAUACGGCAUCUAAACACGCCGUCGUUGGAUUCAGUAACGUUUUGAAGAAUAUGGAAGAGAAAACUGGUGUCCGCGUCUUGAUCAUGUGUCCUGGUGUUACGGAGACAUAUUUAUUCCAGGACGUUGAAAAUAAAUUUACCAAAUUAGUGGAUAUACCCACUGCAGAAUUUUUCCAGAAUUACCCUAAGCAAACGGUCGAUAAUGUUUCACAAGCAAUGAUGGAUCUAAUUGAAAAAGGCAAAAAUGGAGCGAUUUGGGUCAGCGAGGGCGGACAACCGCCUUAUCAGAUCGAGAUUCCUCAUUAUACGGAGCUUGUCGUGCCUAUUAUGCAAAUAAAAGACAAAAGAGCGAUCGUAACGGGCGCAGCGAGUAAAUUGGGCUUGGCCUUUAGCAGAGAAUUGUUACGUAACGGUGCAACUAAAGUCCUCAUGAUCGACAAUCGCGAGGAGGAGGGGAAAGGGGCGAUGGAGAGAUUAAAUUUUGAAUUCGGCCGUAAUCGCGCGAUUUUUCUUCCCUGCGACGUGACCCGUAGCACCGAUUUCAAUAUUACAUUUAAGGAUGCAAUCAAUAUCCUUGGCGGUCUGGAUAUUUUAAUCAACAACGCCAGCGUGAUAAAUGAGGCUGACUUUGUAAAAGCUAUAGACGUUAACGUGACAGCUCUGAUUCGUUCAACUUUACUGGGAAUACAACAAAUGCGUCGAGAUUCAGGUGGAAAAGGAGGCGUUGUCCUGAAUGUUUCCUCGAUCGCUGGCCUAUAUGCUUUACCACAACUUCCAGUUUACUCCACCGCAAAACACGCCGUGGUGAAUUUUAGCCGUUCCUUCGCCCAACCUUAUCAUUAUCAGAGAACCAAGGUGAGAAUCAUAGUGCUCUGUCCAGGCGUGACCGAGGCGAAUCACGAAGAUUUUCGAAGCAAUCUUAUGGAUCCUCAAGUCCUGCAAAAGUACCAACCCCAAAGAGUGGAAUCAGUUGCUCAUGGGCUAGUCUAUGCGAUCAGAUGCGCUCAAAAUGGAACUAUAUGGAUAAGCGAGCAAGGUAAACCUGUUUAUGAAGUUCAACUGUCCGAUAGUUUACCCCAAAAAACGGAUCAAGGGGAGGAACAACAGAGUCGAAGAAGCUGGUCAAAGAGGAACCAGCCCGUCCUCUUCCCUCUUUUUUCCUCGAAACGAAGCGUGAAACAUCAAGUAAUAUUAAUGCGUCUCCGAUUAAUGCUAUUCGAUUUGUAUAAAUACCAUUCGAACAGAGCCUUCGAUCUCAGUUUGGUUCUUUGUGAUCGCUACGUUCUGUCAUCAUUCUUUUUUCGAUUCUUAUCGAUUUAUUUAUUUCGAAAAUCCAAAAUGGAGAUGAUGGCUUUAUUCUUAUGCGAUGGCUUUUAUUUAUCCGCUCGACGGAUGAUCAGACGACGAUCCUCGGGCUCGGAAAGAGCCAAGGAAUUGGAAGAAAUCAAUGGUGUGGUAUCUGGUAAAAAUAUUUUAAUAACUGGCGGUGCUGCUGGUCUAGGUUACGCUUUCGUUAAUAGCUUUCUGAAAUACGGAGCAAACAAAAUAACUAUACUCGAUAUAGACGGAGAGACUUGUAAGAGGAUUGGCUUGGGUAUAGAAAAGUCGUACGGUGUAAACAAAGUAUACUUCAUACAAAGUGACGUAGCUAAACACGAGCAAUCGAUAGAGGCCUUUGAGGAAGCAUCAAUAUUAAUGACCGAAAUCGACAUAGUGAUUAAUAAUGCUGGAAUACUCGACGAACGACGUUGGGAACGUGAGAUCGCCGUGAAUAUUACUGGAAUGAUCUCAACAGCAAUGUUGGCUGUCAAACACAUGAGCAAAGAGAGCGGUGGACACGGUGGAAUAUUGGUGAAUGUCAGUGAACACAUGAAUAUCGGUAAUACGGCUCAACUUCCAGUUUAUGCGGCCACGAAACACGCGAUCAUAGGUCUUUCGCAAUCUCUCGCAGACCCUGAUCAUUACGAAAGAACCGGAAUAAGGGUAAUAACGUUGUGCCCUGGAUUAACAGAAACUGGUCUCACCAUCGACAGCCCGAACAAAUUGCUAUCCAGAGUAAUGAAAGCGGAUUUUGUGAAGAAUUUGGAACACGUCCCCAUACAAACACCGUACAUCGUCGCGCAAGGCCUGUUAAACGUUCUACGUUUCGGUGAAUCUGGUAGCAUUUGGGUCAUCGAGAGUGGUCGUCAACCUUAUGAGAUUUAUGUACCAAAUCCUCGUACUCUACGUCGACGUUACAAGAACAACAUGUCAUAUGUCGAGACUAAAAUUGGAAAAGGACGCAAAAUAACGAAAGUUUACGAUAAUAGUACGAGAACUAGCGUAAUUUGUGUUUGACCGAAACAUGAACGAACUAUUUCUUUACCUUUAUACGGGAAAAGUUUCUUAAGCGAAUUGCACUUCGAUGGUAGGAAGAAAAGUAGGAAGAAAAUGUUCUGAAAUUAAGAAGUAAUAAAUAAUUAAUCUGUAAGCGUGUAUGAGUAUACGAAUAUACCGUCGUGCACAGCUAACAGAUUAAGAAAAAAAAGACACAAAAAAAGAGGUCGAUUACUAUUACAAAGAUCAUACACCGCGUAUUAUUUCAUUAUUUCAGUAUUAUUCAUAGCAUCGGGAUUCACAAUAUCCGCUGUACAAAACAAAAACUUAUCGUUGGAAAAUCGCGUACAUCGUGUAAUAAUAUUCUCCCCAUGCAUAAUGCAAGAAACUUAAAACAUAUACUUUUUUUCUUCUUAUCUGCCUACGUUUAAUAUACACUUGAUUUGUGUUUU